UUGGUAGUCAGACCUCACGUUUAGCGUAUCACAAAACGUAGAUGUAGAAAGUUCGGCAAACCUCGCUUUAUACUUAGGUAAAUACACGCCACAACCGAGAUAGGUAUUCCUGCGCAGUUCGCUUAUUGACGGUAUAUUUAAAUUCCUUAUAACGAGAGGCGGUUCAGUAGUUGAAAUUCGCACACAACAGAAACACCCCUCGUCGUUGGAGAAUAUAGGGUGUACUAGCAGUGUUUAUUAGAACAAUAGUUUGAAAUAUUUUAUGUUGUGUUUUAAUCAUGAACUGGUUAUUAUUGACUUUAUUUGUGUGUUUUGUUGUUGGAAUAGCCGUUGCGCAGAAAAAAAGCGACAUCGAAAACCGAUGUACGCCUUCUAAUUGUAAACUACCAAAAUGUCGCUGCCCUGGACACAGUAUACCCGGGGGUUACAAACCGGAAGAGAUCCCACAGAUGGUCAUUAUUACGUUUGACGAUGCUGUGAAUUGGGAGAACUGGGGCUACUAUUCUCGUUUAUUUCCUCCUGAUGGAAGCAGGGCUAACCCUAAUGGAUGUCCGAUCGGAAUGACGCUUUUCGUGUCCCACAACUUCACCGAUUAUUGUAUGAUCAAGAAGAUCCACGCGCGGGGGAAUGAAAUAGCCGAUCACAGCGUUUCCCACAGAUUACCCCACGCAUGGUGGGCGGAAGCUACCGAUGAGGAUCUUUCUGAGGAGAUUUUAACGCAGAGACAGAAUUUAGCGGACCUUGCUGAGAUCCCUAUGGAGGAUUUAAAGGGCUGGAGAAGUCCUUUCUUACAACCAACAGGUGACACCAUGUUUAAUAUUUUAUACAAAAAUAAUUUUACAUAUGAUGCCACGAUGACAUACCCUUUCCCGAGGAACGUUUAUUCCCCGGUAAUGUGGCCCUUCACCCUGGACUAUUCUUAUACCCUCGUGUGUAACAUCGACCCCUGCCCUAAAAAAGCUUAUCCUGGAUUCUGGAUUUUACCCGUGGUUGUGAUGAUGGACUAUCGCGAGCAUCUACCCUGUGCUUAUGUGGAUUUCUGUAAAAACGCACCAAGAAAUCAGGACGAAGCUUUUCAACUUCUUUGGAAAAAUUUCUUGAGGAAUUACCGGACGAAUCGGGCUCCAUUGUACAUCAAUCUUCAUUCUCUGUGGUUAAAUGUCGAUUUUAAUCUGGAUGCUUUGGAUGACUUCAUACAACGGCUGGUGACGAUGGAUGACGUGUACAUAACAACUGUCAGUAAGGCGUUAGAAUGGGUCCAGAAUCCAGUACCAUUGUCGCAAAUCAAAGACUUCGAACCCUGGAAAUGUGAUUUCAAACCCAACCAAGAAGAUGAUGCAUUCUGUUCGUUCACUUAUAAACCGCGAACAACUCGUCCUCCGAACAAGCCGACCACCACCACGACCCAACGACCCAAUUACGUCAACCAAGGCGGCGGAGACAAUCGGAAUGAUCUAGGGAUACCCCCAAAGGGUGGUAAAGGGAAUGGACGAGGUAGCAACGACCCUAGAAACAGGAGACCCUGGUUUCUUAAGAACGACUCACCAAGAAUACCCACGUCUCUUAACACAUUGUUGUUUGUUUUGUGUCUCGCCGCCAAACAACUUUUAUGAUUUAUUUCAAAUGGAGAUAAAAUCCUUAAAAAAAAACAACUUUAAAUUUAUUUUUCAACACAAACUGUGAAAAUAUUUGGACACCACGCAAGUAGAUCGGAAUCCCAGAAUAAUCGAAAUUAAAGAAAAUAAAUAAAAAAAAGAUCUCGCUUCUUUAAGAAACUUUGAAGUGUAUGUUAGGGAUAUUAAAAGUCGCGAAGCGGUGCACGUGUGUCAACAUGGCGGUGACAGAAGUGAUUUUUUAAGCGGUUGACAUUUUAGCUAAGAACGUUGACGUCUGUAUAAUAACUGUGUUUAACUCUCUCUGUUGACCAAACAAUCUCGUAUGCUUUGAUAUUUUUCUUUUACGUAAUAAAACUAUUCGUUAUUUUAUCACUUGGAGAAAAACAUCUUCUCUCUAUAUAUAUAUCUUAGAAAUAAAAGAUGUAUUAUGUAAGAUUUAGAUAAAGAGCUGGCCUUUCUUGCUAUAAUAGCUCUAAAAAAAAUAGAUAAUGUCGUCAACAAGCGACAAUAAUUGAAGAUACAUUAUGUAAUAUUUAGAUAUAGAGCUGGUCGUGCUUACUAUAAAAGUUUCAAAGAAAGAUAAUGAAAAAUAAAUAUAUUAAAAAUUUCAUUCAAAUUACUUUAUUCUGAGCGAAGUUAUGACUCUUUGAAUAAGAGCGUCAUCUCAAUUUUGCUUCUUCCUUUGUUACGAUAGUAAACAAAGUCUCGAUUAUCCAUUUUUAAAUUAAAUUAUUAAAAUGGCGAUUUGAUACUUGUCAUGUUAAUAAAUAUCUAAGUAAUAAUUUAUAUAAAAUUUGAGGCCAGAAGAAAGAUCUGGAAUAAAAAGAUUUAUAUGUUACAUAAUGCAUCUUUAAUAUGAUUAUUCGUUAUUUUAUCUCGGGGAAAAGGAAUACGAAACAAGUUGGGGAAAAAUUGUCUUCUACCAGUAAAUUCUAAAAAAUAUUGUUACAAAAUUUUGAAACGAUAUACUCUCGGUUUUUUGGUUUUUUAAAAUAUUAUCAGAAGUAAUUUUAAUUUGUCGAUAUGAUUAUAACCAAUCGUUAUUUUAUCACAGGGAGAAAACAAGAAAAAUAUAUUUUGGGAAAACGAUUGCUUAAAUUAUUAUUUUUCUUAUGUUAGUAAAUACUAAAGUAAAAAUGUUACAAAUGAUUUGCGUUUUAUUCAAUCUGAUUAAAACACAGAUCCUAUUUCGUUACGUUUUUUAUAGUUCAAAAUUUCGUUUUACUUGUUACUACACUAGGAUCUGGAAUAGUUAUUAUAUAACCCGCGUUCUGGAUGAUGAUGUGAGGGAUUAGCCAAUGAAACGAUCUGUUACGACGAGUUUUGGGCGUGAGGUGCACGGAACUGUGGAUAACCCACGAGAAACAUCAACGCUGAUAGGUUAACCGAAUGACUGACGUCAUAGGUCAAAAGCCACUCGUAUGACCUCUGACGCGACCCUCCACUACAACCGGUCAGAAAUAUAGAUCUGUAUUUUAAUCAGGUUGUGUUUUAUUGUGUUAUGUUUAUUUUGAUUUUGAAUUCCUAUAUUAGUUUUAAUUUGUCGUAUGUCGUAACAGUCGUAUGUUGUAUACAAUAUGGUAAACAAACAAAAAAUUGUGUGAAAUAUUUCUCGGGAAAAGAAAAUAAAAUAAAAUUAUUGCUACAACUAAUAUCUAUUAUUUCUCAAACAAGUUGUCAAGAUUGAUCUAGAUCGCCCGAAGGUAAAGCAUUUGAUUGUGCGUAAAAAAUUGUUUUGGGAUGGCGAUAAGGGGCGGGAGGUACUAAAAAGGGGAAAAUGUAUGGCCAAAACGGGAAACAAAAAAGAUUGUUGGUGAUAAAUGGCUGGGUAUGGUGCCUUUAAUAUAGAUGAAUUAUUUAUUGUAAGUUUACUCAAUUUAUGUAAAUAAAUAGGUUAAUAUAUUAAAAAUAAAAUAAAUUAUAUUUUU